GAAAUAUUGAUAAAGGGAUAUAAAAAACAAUAUUAAGCAUGUCUUAUCUUCAAGGGGAAAUAAGACUUGCUAAUGCUCGGUUAUGGCAUCAAAUAUCGGCAAAGAAUUGUAUUCUAGGAAGACUUGCAAGUACUUUAGCAUGUCUUCUUAUGGGAAAACAUAAACCUAUUUAUCAUCCAGCAGCGGAUGUGGGUGAUUACGUUAUUGUUACAAAUUGUGCAUUACUUCGACUUGAUACACGUAAACUAAAUCGAACAUAUGUACGACAUACUGGUCGACCAGGAGGGCUAAAAAAAUGGACGAUGAAACAGUGGAUAGAACGUGAAGGAGCUAGUGCUGUUCUACGACAUGCAGUUUCAAGAAUGCUUCCAAAGAACCGACUUCGAGAUCGUCGUCUUGAUCGACUAAAAUGUUUUGAAGGGGAAAGUCAUCCUUAUUAUAAAAAUAUACAAAGAGUUUGGACAAGUUCUGGAAAAUGGUUAUCUACGCCAAUCUAA